AUGGCUUCAACGACAUCUGCCUCUCGCGUAGGCCUCGUUACUGGAGGAGCGUCCGGCAUGGGCCUCGCCGUCGUCGAGCACCUCGUCCGAGAAGGCUGGAACGUGACCGUCGUCGACUUCAACGAAGAGGCCGGAAAAGCGGUCCAACAGCGGCUGGGCGGUCAAGUGCUCUUCGUCCGGGCCAACGUCAUCAGCUACGAGAGUGUCGGACAGGCGUUCGUAAAGUCCUGGCAGAAAUGGGGUCGUUUGGAUUUCGGUAUGUUGGCAUUGAUCCCUCCUCUGGGUUUCGGUGACCGGAUCGACUUUUGUGCUCCGGCAGACGAGACGGCGAGCGGAUUCCCAGCACAGCCCGACAAGCUGGUCCUCGAAGUGUGCCUCGACGGCGUCGUCUGGACCGCGUACCUGGCUCUGCACUUCUUCCGCAAAAACCCCUCAAAGUCGGGCGUGUUGGUGUCGACGUCCAGUCUCGCGGGUCUGUAUCCCGCGGCUCCGGUGCCGCUGUACGGCGCCGCGAAGCAUGGCGUAAGUUGGACCAAACCCUUCCGACGAUUGCUGAAUACCUUGACGGUCAUCGGCCUGACGAGAUCUCUGGCAAAACGUCUCAAGGAGAUGAACGAACCCAUCUCAGUCAACUGCAUCUGUCCGGGUCUGGUGCCAACUCCCCUGGUCAGUCAGAAGGUCGUCGAGGUCGUGCCCAAGGAGCUCCUCACGCCAUACACCACCAUCACGCGCGCCGUGCAGGGCUUCAUCUCGGACCCCUCCAUCACCGGCCAGGCGGCCGAGUGCAGCGGUGAAGAUGUCAUCUACAGACCCGUCCUGCCCUAUGGCAAUUAUGCCUCCGACUACAUCGUCGAGGCCAGGUUUGCGGGCCGGGUCAAUCUCGAGGAGAUGAUGGAGGAUAGCGUCGCCAAGGGGAAAGCGCUCGACGGGAUGAAGUUGAGCAAAUUGUGA